CGUUUACGAAUGCUAGCGCCAACAUGGUGGCGGCGUAGCCAUAUCGAAAAGUAGUACCACCUCGUUGCUACCUUUUGCACGCUGGGAGUCUGACUUCCCGCGAGUGUUGUGCUAAUUGUUCGAAAAUCGGUGUACUCGCAGCUCCGGGAUAUCGCGAGCGCAGAAAUUUUUGGAAAUUCCCGGCGCCCCGGUGCGUUUCGGACGCGCGUAGGAAUCCCGUACCGUCACCCAUAACCUCCUUUCGUGUUAUUGGAGUAGAUACGGACUAAAGUUGUGUGUCAGAUGUGUCCAUCAUUUCGGAUUAUUCAAAAAGUUUGGUGGCUUUCUACCAUUACGGAAUCGCGUUAGCGGCAUAGUGACUACUCUAUUAUGUGUUUGCUUCGCUGUGCGUGCGUGUCUAGCGUGAAAAAUGACGGAAAGCGUCGGCUGCUUCGUGUAACGGCGGGGUGUUGGCAACGAUUGCCCGUGCUAGAUCGCAGCCGUUUUUCUUAACAUGGCUGCGACGCAGGCCGAAAAGCAACAAAAUGACGUGAAUAGUGACAAGCCGCAGCCGGAGCAGCAUCUGAACGUGCGGAACUCGCUGUUGCAAAAUGGGACUGAUAAGAGUGGCGUACGCAGCAGUGGUAGUAGUGUAGCGCUCGCGAAAAGCAAAAGCACCGGCGGCGCGAAGGCUCACGCCGCCGUCGAGAUGAGUCAGUAUCGGCACCAGGACGGGGGCACCGGCGGUGGCGGCGCCGUCGGCGUGCCCGGCGAACAGCCGCCGCCGCACGGCGAGCCCGAGAUGGGGCCGAUCGGUGGGGAGCCGGGCGGUUAUCCGGGCGCGCACCCCGAGGGCCCGCCGCCCACCGACGGCCAGCAUUACGCGUACGGUUUCAACCCUGCCGACGGCGGCAUGCACGCGUUCGCGCACCGCCAGGGCGGCUACGGCCCGCCGAAGAUGCCGUUCCCGCCGCAGCAGCCGCAACCGCCGCGCGUGGUAUCGGGACAGACUAUUUCGCAGGCCACCGGCCCCACGCCGACGCUCAAUCAGUUGCUUCAGAGCUCCAACCCGCCGAUGCGGUACUACGAGCCGCCGUACAACCAGGGAUGGCUGUCGCAGAAACCGUACGGUGCUACGGGCCCGCCUGGAGGGCCCUCAUAUCGGAAUCAAGCUAUGCCCGGUGGUGGAUACAGUGGAGGACCAGCUCCGAGUCCUGGCUACGGUGAAGGUAGAGGCGGGUGGCCGGGCCCGCCUGGGCAACAUGGGCCUGGGAGUCCUGGCCCACCGCCUUCCUCGGUGCCGGUAAGUCAACCCUCGCCGCAACCCUCACAGCCCAGUCAUUCGCCUGGGCCUGGAUUACCGCCGAGUCCUUCGCAUCAACCUCCUACGAAUCAACAUCAGGGUUUUCCAAAUCGGCCAUCACAGCCAACAACUCCUAAUGCCCAUGGGCCCGAUCAAGCGGACUUAAGCGGUGGAAACAGCAAUGAUAGUUCGGGAGGACCGGCUCCUGGUACGCCGAAUUCGCAGGGGAUGAGGCCGACGCCCUCCCCUACGGGUUCGACAGGUUCCAGGUCCAUGUCUCCAGCAGUAGGACAACAAAACAUUCCGAUGCCUCCGCGUCCAUCAAGUGGUCAAUCAGAUGGUAGUGGAUCGACACGAAUAAGCCAUUCUCCGAUGGCGACUCAAGGCAGUUACCCACCGCCACAUAUGCACGGCGCGUACAAGGGCCACCCCGGCAUGCAGCCGUCGUCUGGGCAGCAGCAAAUGCCGAUCUACCAGCCGAAUACGCAGUACCCGCCUGCCGCAUAUGCGGCACGGCCUGUUUACCCCAACCAGGGCUACGGCCCACCGGCGUCGCAGCCGCCGCCGAACAAUAGUAUGCCCCCGCAGCCGGUGGUCUUCCCGAACCGCGGCGUGCCCAAUCACAGUCCGCAAUUUCCGCCGUACCAGCAGCCAUGGCCUGGUGGGCCGCCGGUGAGUGCCGGCAAUCAUCUGGCCGCGCCGGGCAAGGGCGGCAGCGGACCACCGCCGCCUGCUGGUGCGCCCAACUCGCCCUCGUCGGGCCCACAGCGCCCGCCGCACUACCUCAAGCAGCAUUUACACAACAAGAUGGGCUUCGGCGGCACGCCGCCGUCGUCGAUGCCGCCCAGCCCUAGCCCGCCGACCAAUUAUCACAUGGGCCCACCACCGGUCGGCCAUCACCUCAGCGGCAUGGGUCCGCCGCCCAGUAUGGGCCCGCCUAACAUGCCGCCGGCGACCAGCCCGCUUUUACAAAAUAACCAUCCGCAUGACGGUGGGCCGAUGCCACCGCCUGCCUCUACGCCCAACUCGCAUCAUCCGCUCUCCGCUGGCCCGCCGCCACACGAGAUGAUGGACAACGGCAUCACGACGACUGCCGGUGGUGGUAUGGGCACACAUGUGACCUCAGCCGCCGGUGGUUCGGUGACAUCCGUCGUCACCACUGGUCCCGAUGGCACGCCGAUUGACGAGGGUUCACAGCAGUCGACCCUCUCCAACGCUUCUGCGGCGUCCGGCGAGGAUCCGCAGUGCACGACGCCCAAGUCCCGCAAGAACGACAUGGGCCACUACAGCCAUCCCACGACGCCUCAGAGUACCGUGCCUUCUCCAGGUGCCGCGAGCAUGAACUCGAUGCACGAAGAAUACGAGAUCAGCAGUCCCAGCUGGCCACGCACCCCUGCAAGUCCAGUAUUUAACACUCAUCAGCCACCUCAGGAAACCUACCGUUCAAAGAAAACGGAUAGUCUCGGCAAGUUGUAUGAAAUGGACGACAAUCCGGAUCGCCGAGGAUGGCUAGACAAGCUGCUCGCCUUUAUGGAGGAGCGCCGCACACCGAUCACAACGUGUCCGACGAUCUCGAAGAACCCGCUCGAUCUCUUCCGGCUGUACAUGUUUGUGAAGGAUCGCGGUGGUUUCAUGGAGGUGACAAAGAACAAGACGUGGAAGGAUAUCGCUGGUAUGUUGGGUAUUGGUGCGUCGUCGAGUGCCGCCUAUACUUUGCGUAAACACUACACCAAAAAUCUUCUCGCCUAUGAAUGUCAGUUUGAUCGGGGUGGUAUUGACCCACAACCGAUUAUCAAUCAGGUAGAGAGCACAUCGAAGAAGAAGAGCGCCAAGGCGGCCUCUGUGCCGUCACCUGGCUCGUCCAACUCGCAAGACAGCUUUCCCGCUCAAGGCUCGGGCGGUGCGUCAAUGGACGGUUACGGUAGCUAUGGUUAUCCGCCCGGUAGUAAUCCAGAAUACAAUACUCCUCAGCAACGGCCGUCAUCACAAGCCAACGCUCCAUCUCCACAUGGAGGUUCUGCAGGUUCUAAUCAUUUGGGUAAUGCUGCGCCAUCGGGGCCUACUCCGGUUGCUGGUGCCGCUGACAAUGUGAGCGUCUCGAAUCCAUUCGAUGAUGUUUCACCGAGUCCGCCUCCGAGGGGAGGUCCUUUCCCGGGCGGUGCACACCCGCCCUUCCCGACAGGCACACCGCCGCGGCCGCCCGGCCAGAAUUACCCUGGCCAGGCGGGCAGUUACAACCAAUACCCGCCACCUAGCCCUGGCCAGGGUGGGCCGGGGGCACCGCCAGAUCAGUAUUCGCCGUAUCCGGGUGGGCAGAACUAUCCGCAAACGCGACCCGUCUACCCUCCAUACUCUACAGAUUCCAAUGCCCCACCGGCUAGCCCCAACAGCAGUCAGCCGGGCGCACCACCUCAGGGUGGCCCACCUGAUGCAUACAGUCGUUAUAACAUGAAUGCCGCGCCUACAUCUGGCGGCUAUCCACCGCGACCUGCGUUUACUGGUGGACCAAAUCAACCGCCGGCAACACAUGGUGGUCCUCCGCCUUCGGGUCCACCGCCGCAACCGCCCGCUACUGGCGCCUAUCCACCUCAACAGGAUUACUAUCGUCCUGAUCAACCGACGUCUAGUCCGGGCGCAUAUCCCGGUGGUCCACCGUCUAACAAAUCUAUGCCGCCACCUCGACGACAUCCAGAUUUCGCUAAGGAUCAACCGCCACCAGGUGGCUUUCCACCGGGCCCUUAUGGUCCACCUCAAAGACCGCCGAUAUAUGGUGGAUGGUCCAAUAACAACCAAUUCCGAGGACCAUACCCUGCCAACUCGACAGGCCCAGGUGGUCCGGGUCCAGCUCCCGGCCAGCCGUGGAAUCAAGGACAGCGUCCGAUACGCCCGCCGAACCAGUGGGACCCCUACACUCCAAAUCAAACGAUUUUACCCCCACCGCAGGGACCUCAACAAUGGUCACCUAUGCCAACACCUGGCGUGGGUCAAAGUUCGCCUCUGCGACCACCGAUGGGCCCAAGACCAGGGAAACCGUUUAAUAUGAUGCCACCUUCAGGAGGCAAGGGUAUGCCUAGCCCAUCACCCACUCCCGGACCGUACCCGCAAGGGCAAGUACCCAAAAGGGAGAUUACCUUCCCGCCCGAUAGCGUGGAAGCUACACAGCCGGUGCUGUAUCGGCGUAAACGGUUAUGUCGUGCGGACGUCGGUCCCUGCGACGCUUGGAGGAUCAUUAUGUGCUUACGAUCGGGUCUGCUCGCCGAGAGCGUCUUUGCCUUGGAUGUGUUGACGGUAUUGUUGUACGAUGAUUCGGCGAUCAGUUAUUUCGGCCUCACACAAUGGCCUGGCCUUCUCGACUUGCUGCUUGAACACUUCCGCAAAACCCUAACGGAUAUGUUUGACGUACCUUGCCCUACAACGGCGGUCAAAGCGGUGGAGGACGAGGAAGUUGAUCUGGGUGCGGUAGUAACGCCGCUGGAUACCACGAGGCGAACAGUUGUCCUUCAUAAGGUGAACAACUACACAAUGGCGAGUCGCAAGGGCCUACAGGUAAAGAUAGUCGAGAAAGACGAGGAAAUCUUUAUCUGGGACCAUCACAGAAAGUGGGACUGUAAGGGCGAUGUCGCGGGUAUAAAUUUGUUGGAUGAAAUCUCUACGGAUCCUUGGUAUCUAACCGCCGAGCACAUUCUGCCGACUUUCCAGGCGGAGUUCGGGCGCAUUCCGUUUAAUCGCAUCCUCGAAUCCAACCAGCAAACGAACAAAGAAGUUGAUCCUCUGGCGAUCGACAACCAGAAACCGGGUGAGGCUGGCGAGGUGAAAAUAAAGGACGAGCCGUUGGACCUGCACUCGCAGACGGUGGACUCGGUGGUCAGCAAAUCUGCACAGUGCAAAUCGCCGCCGGCCGAAGUGAUUCCGACUAAUAAACCGUGUGACAAAAAACGUAGGACAAAAACAAUAAGUGAUGUGAUAUCUCGAAUUAAGAAAGACACGCCCGAGGAAAUGGAAGCCGAUGCGGAUGUUAAGCCGGAUAAAGAGGAGGAGAAACAUUCGCCGCCGACGGAAGGCGAGAAUAAGACGAAAGUGGAGGUGGGUGCGGCACCGGUUGACGCAAAGGACAGUGAAACGGUGAACUGCAACGAGCAGUCGAACGAUGAUGACGCCGCAAAGGUGGCAAGUGUAGAUCUGAACAUGAACAGCAGUGUAAACGGUGAAGGUGAGGAAAGCGCUGUAAAAGAGGACGCGUUGUCUAAAUUUAAGGUGCGCGAUAUCGCUGGCAAGUUGAAACGUCGUCGAAUGUCCGACUACGAGGACGAAGCGUAUACGCGCGACGACGCCAGUCUGGCGCUGCUCACCGAGAGCCAGGACUGCAUCGCUAAGCGCUGCGUCUGUAUCUCGAACAUUCUCAGAAGUCUCACCUUUGUGCCGGGCAACGAGAUGGAGUUCAGCAAAAGCGUCGUCUUUUUAGGCAUGGUCGGUAAACUCUUGUUGCUGCACCACGAUCAUCCAAUUAGGGCACAAAAAACGAGAAAUUACGAUAGAGAGGAGGACGCAGAUUUUGCCGAUUCGUGCAGCAGCUUACAGGGUGAAAGCGAGUGGUGGUGGGACUUCUUGCUGCAGAUAAGGGAAAACGUACUCGUGUGCGUGGCGAAUAUCGCCGGCCAGAUUGAUUUGGACUUGUACCCUGAAGAGGUAGCGCGGCCAUUCCUUGAUGGUCUGCUACAUUGGGCGAUUUGUCCCUCAGCCCAGGGUCAAGACCCCUUCCCAUCUGUGGGUCCUUCGUCGCUACUCUCGCCGCAGCGGUUAGCUUUGGAGGCGCUGUGUAAACUCUGCGUGACAAACAGCAACGUUGACUUAGUGAUCGCCACACCACCCUUCUCACGACUCGAGCGGUUAUGCGCCGUGCUCACCAAGCACCUUUGCCGCUCCGAGGAUCAGGUGCUGCGCGAGUUCUCCAUCAAUCUGCUUCAUUACCUGGCAGCGGCCGACAGCAGUAUGGCCCGCGUCGUCGCUAUGCAGCAGCCGUGCGUCUCCCUGUUGGUGGCGUUCAUCGAACAAGCCGAACAGAGUGCGCUCGGCGUCGCCAACCAGCACGGCAUCUCAGCGCUGCGCGAGAACCCCGACUCAAUGGGCACCAGCUUGGAUAUGCUGCGACGCGCCGCUUCGACGCUGGUAUUCCUCGCCGAGCACGCCGACAAUCGGCCGCUACUCGUGCAGCAGGAGUCGCGCCUGCUAGCGCUCGUCAUGAGCCAGAUCCUCGACCAGCAGGUGGCUCUGCUACUCUCUAAAGUGCUCUACAAAAUAUCCCAUAGCUAAUCUUUCCCUUGUAGGUGUUACGAAAAUUGAUAUACUGUACAGAAUAAUUGAUCCUAAGCUAACUAAAUUAAGAGACUCGUGUACAGAACCUUCCCUGUAUAGACUGUGACUGCGGACUUUUAUUAUCAUAAUUUCACGACGGACAGUGCGCGAGCGGGGAGCGUGGACCGUGGACUACAAAAAAAAAAAACUAGUGGCGCAUCUCGGGCCGUCGCCUCCCGGCCGGCGGCGACGGCACAGUAGUUAAGCAAAGAAACAAACAUGAGGUACAUGAUAUACGCGUCCGCACAUUUUAUUUUAAUAAAGCAUCAUACAACCAUACACGCCUACACGUGAUUGAACGAUUUGCAAGAAAUUUGAGACGCGCGAACGAAACUAGCAACAACCAUCAAACACCCAGAAAGUAUCUCCCAACAACAACGCAUACACGAAAUGUAAUCCAUGUACCAUUUUGUAAAUUAAGGAAGUCUUUUUUGGAAAUGUUUAACAUCCAUGUUACUUAUGUAUUUAUUUUUUAUUAUAAUUUUUAUUUUUUAUUAUUUUUGACGGUGGAUGAUGGUUAGACCUGACCGGACUGAGGGAGCGGCCGAUGUCGCGUGGUGGCCAACCUGCCAUUGGGAUAUGAUAAUUAUAUAUAUUACAUAAAUAUAUAGAUAACAAAACAGAUAAAGAAAAACACACAACACACACAAUAUACGAUUAUGUGAAGAAGUACACGUUUCGGUUGAGUAUGUGCUGUAUACCCUCUGUAAGUUGAAGCUGCACACGUAAAAAUAUUGAUAGUUUUGUAUGAUGAAGGAGAGGCGGUGUGUGUUUUAGGCGAUUUAUCAAAUUGUAAAUUAAAUACGAAAAUGGCGAUACGAUGAUGAAGUGGCGGAUGGUGAUGAUUAGUUAGAGACGAGAUAUCUAUGUAUAAAAAUGUUUUUCGACGCUCUGAGUUGUAUCAUAUUUAAUGAAAUUUUAAGAUAGCGAGGGGGUAUAAUCACAUAUGAACUACAAUUCGCAUACUUGGUUGGUCGGCGCACAAGUUCGACGAAAGGCAAACUAUUAUACUGCUAUAAACAUUAAUAAAUCGAGGGAAUAAAACUGAAGAACAUGGAGACAUUUUAAUACUUACGACGAAUUGGCGACGAUGAUGAUGACGAUGACGAUGCUGAAAGUUGUUCCUCCCAACUCUCGUAACCACAAGACUGAAAUACUGCUGGAUCUAGUUACUUACUAAAUUGCUGCUAAAUGCGAAGCGCAGGAUCAUACCGGGCGGGCGAAGUACGAAUUCAUGUUAAUUACAAAAUGUGACAUGCGAUACCAACUCACUCACUCUCACCAGAAGCGUCAUAAUUAUAAACAAACAAAAAAUAGUCUUGUGUACAAUGUCUGGUUACUGUUUCUACCCGCAAUUCGGUUGUUUCUUUGCGUUCUCGUUAGUGCGACCACCACAAACUCCUCGACGACUCGGUUUCCAUAAACAUUUGCUAUUUUAGUUGGCGGAGUUUCGCGUUCUCACGACGACGACGACGACGUGGUUUUCUUUUGUAUUAAUUGUGCGAAUGCUUUAUAUAUAAAAAACAAACAAACAAAAUAUAUAUGUCUCAUAAUGAUUAAAUAAAUGUACAAAGGAAGUACGGAAAAAAUAAUACUAAUACUUGCAAACGACUAUGGUGUUUUUUAUACAAAAUGCGGAGUGGAGUUUCGUUUUCGGACCGAAGGCGCGAUUAGUGAAAACAAAUGUUUUAUAUAAUGCGGUCUCGGUGUCGCGCUAUUUCUCACACCCCGGAACAUUUAUUUUAGUGGUAGCUAAGAGAGAGAUGGUGGCACGUUGAUGUGUGCAAGACACAAAUGAGCAAAACUUGCUAUAAAAUAGAUGCAGUCGAAUUCUAGAGACUCAAAGCGUAGUUUAAAAUAUGUGGUGAUAUUUUUCUGGCUGUAGGUAUAAUCCAUCUUAUGUACUAUGAUUGCAUUAAUUAUGUAAGUUAAGUAAAGACAAGAUGCUAAAUAAA